AUGACGGAUGCACAAAAGAAUUGGAGGAGAGACGAAAACGACGAGGACGAUGAAGCAGAGCAGGAGCUCGAUGAGGCUGUAAGUCGCCGCGACCUCAAGGCGCAGAAAGAUGCAAUUCUUCUAGCCAUUGAAGUCAGUCCGUCGAUGCUUGAGCCUCCGCCAGUCUCCAGCUCUAGGAAAGCUGAUCGGGACAGCCCCGUUCAAGCUGCGCUGAAAUGCGCCCGCCACCUGAUGGAGCAGCGCAUCAUCUCCAACCCCAAAGACAUGAUGGGAAUCCUCCUCUUUGGGACAGAAAAGACCAAGUUCCGGGACGACAAUGGCCGCAGUGGGCUCGGGUAUCCGAAUUGCUACCUCUUUAUGGACCUCGACAUUCCGGCAGCUGAAGACGUCAAAGCGUUGAAGGCGCUGACCGAGGACGAAGACGAAGACGAAGUGCUGAAGCCCGCCACCACCGACACAGUUUCCAUGUCCAACGUGUUGUUUUGCGCCAACCAGAUAUUCACCACAAAGGCGGCCAACUUUGGCAGCCGGCGACUUUUCAUUGUGACGGACAAUGACGAUCCGCACGCGUCGGACAAGGCGGCGAGGUCUGCUGCCGCUGUUCGGGCAAAGGACUUGUACGAUCUGGGCAUCACGAUCGACUUGUUUCCAAUCACCACAGGAGACUCCAAGUUUGAUCUCAGCAAAUUUUACGAUGAUAUUGUCUAUCGCGACCCGAAUGCCGAGGCCAAUCGCACCGAAGUGCGAGCCUCAAAAUCGGGCGAUGGACUGUCUCUUCUCAACUCGCUCAUUUCAAACAUCAAUUCCAAGCAGACGCCCAAGCGAGCAUUGUUCCAUCUGCCAUUUGAGAUUGCACCUGGACUCAAGAUCACUGUCAAGGGCUACAACAUUGUGCAUCGGCAAACGCCGGCGAGAACGUGCUACAUCUGGCUGGAAGGGGAGAAGGCUCAGAUUGCAACAGGCGAAACGACGCGAGUUGCAGAGGAUUCUGCCAGAACAGUCGAAAAGCAAGAGAUAAAAAAGGCCUACAAGUUUGGUGGCGAAUACGUAUACUUUACGCCCGAGGAGCAGAAGAAGCUCCGGGAUUUUGGCGCGCCCACGAUCCGGAUCAUUGGAUUCAAGAAGCGCAGCAUGAUUCCCGUCUGGGCCAGCGUCAAGAAGUCGACCUUUAUCUUUCCCAGCGAAGAGGAUUACAUCGGAUCGACACGCGUCUUUUCAGCCCUAUGGCAGAAGCUUCUAAAGGAUGACAAGAUCGGCCUCGCUUGGUGCGUGCUUCGAUCUAACGCGCAGCCCAUGUUUGCCGCUCUGAUUCCAUCAAGAGAGCAGUCCGAAGACGACGCGGGGACACCAUAUCUACCAGCUGGCCUGUGGCUGUAUCCUCUCCCUACGGCUGACGACCUGCGAGAUAUAAAUGUCGAACGAAAGCUCGACUGCUCGGAGGACCUAAAAACCAAAAUGAGAGUCAUUGUACAACAGCUCAAUCUCCCCAAGGGCAUAUAUAACCCACUCAAGUACCCGAACCCGGCUCUGCAAUGGCACUACAAGAUCCUCCAGACCCUCGCCUUGGAGGAGGAGAUGCCGGAAGAACCCGAAGACUUGACGGAGCCCAAAAACAAGGCGAUAAGCAAACGCGUCGGAGGUUACUUGGAGGAGUGGUCCGAGACUCUGAAAGACGAGGCGGACAGGGCCACUCGAUCCAGGUCCUUGAAGCGAGAGAUUGAAGAUGAUGCCCCGGAGCGCCCCGCAAAGCAGAGAAAGGUAGCUGGAGAGCGGCCCAGCGGAUCGAAUCUUAGCAUGGCGCAGCUUAGGGAUGCCAUUGAGAGCGGGAGCAUCUCGAAGAUGACAGUGGCACAGCUGAAGGAUGUCGCUGGCGCCAGAGGACUCAGCACGGGUGGUAAGAAGGCUGAUUUGCUGGAGCGGAUAGAGCAGUGGGUUGAGGAGAACAGCUGA